UGGGACUACCGGACGCCAGGCUGUUAUUUUUCCGACGGGAAGCACAUCAUUGUCCAAAAGAGAGGAACAGUGGGAACAGGAGCAGUCUACAAAGCCAAACAAGUCGCGUCCGGGUACCCAAAUAUUAUCAAUAAGUCACGGCUUCCAGUGCACGCUUUCCACCAGUUUCUUUCAAUUUCAGAUCCCUUGUUCUGUCGCCGCCCAUAUAUUCUGCGGAAUUACUGUUCGACCCCCUUCUUCCUUGCCACCUCGACAGUCAUGUCUACCAAGACAGGCAUGCAUCCCUUGACGUUGACUCCCGAUGAACUCAGGAGCAAGACCUAUCACGAGAAGAUCUUUCUCAACAAGUGGCCUGCAUAUCCACUGGCACCCACGACGUACAUCAAUGUACGCAAUUCAAACCGCUACCAACGGCACACCUUGCUGAAUCUGUGGGAAGCAUGGUCCCGGCAACCGACCGCCUCGUUGCCGAACCAAGAUUUACGCCUGGCCCUAAUCAAGACGAAAAUGGGGCAUGACCUGCAAUAUUUUAUCUUCUUUCGCAUGAGAGACCUUCCUACCGAAAUCAUCACCAAUAUCUUUCGUCUCGUCGCCUGGUCCACCAGUACCCCAGAUAAGAGCGUCGUCACUCGCAUGUGGCUCACUCAUGUCUGUCGACAAUGGCGCACCGUCGCCCUCGCAGACCAUACCUUGUGGUCUGCGAUCUGGUUUCGCGACAAAUUUCCAUUCACCCGCUCCCUUACCUUCAUCGAACGUGCUGGUCAUGCCCCCCUCGAUAUCCGCAUCAAUGAUACGAGCGAGGCGGAAGCCCUCAGCGACACACAGAUGAAUUACCUCCUCGACCGUCUCUUCCCGAAAAUCCGCACCAUCCGAAUAUUCAUCAUGCUCUGCUAUCAAUGGGAGCCCAUCCUCACGGUCCUCAAACGGAUACAUCAAGCACUCAGGAUGGGCAGGCCGCUGAUUCUCCAGCGCUUCGAGCUUCAUCGUCUCGGAGACCCCUUCCUUUGGCCAGGGCCAAACUUCACUCCCGUUGGUCACUCAGUUACUAUGUACCCUAUGAUUGGUGGCCCCAUGCUCCCAAAGCUAACCUAUGUGUCAGUGAAUGGCAUUCACUUUGAUUGGCAUUCCUCUUCCAUCAGCAAUCUUACUACCAUUGAUAUUCGUCGGCUUCCCCUCCAACAUGCACCGUCCGCUUCAGUCUUUCGGUCGAUGUUGAUUAACUGCCCCCUCCUUGAGAAGUUGGCGCUCGACGGUGCUGGACCUAACGGGCCCCCUACCGGCCUGAAUGAUUCAGCGCCUAUCGAACUGAAGCAUCUGAAGAUCCUCGUGCUUGCCAAUUUCACUCCGAGCUACGUGCAGGGUGUCGUUGUCCACUUCACUGCAUCUGAUGUCCGUGAUUUGACGAUCAUGAACCUUUUCAGGCAUGACUACACAGCGUUGUAUGUCUUCCUGACGGGACGAUUCCCUGAAGUUCGCAUCUUCACAAUGUAUACACUUCAAGUAGAGAGGGGCUUGGGGCACACCGCGAUGGUUAAAUUCCUCGGUUCUAUGGCAGCGGUUCGUUAUAUCCGCAUCGCGGUGCUGGAACCGUACGGCCUGAGCACAUUCAUGUAUGACCCGAAGACGAUGAUGCCUCAUCGCGAGCUUCCACCUUUGACGCGGACCCUCUUCAGGCGCGCGGGUGCACCCAACAUCACUGAGGCAGAUCUUUCACUGGACGGCGAGGGCAAGAAGAGGAAGAAGCCGAAGCCAAAGACCUACAUUUUUCCGUGCUUGGAAGUGGCGGAGGUGCAGUCGAUUGACAAGGGUUGGCUGCUGGCCUGGCUUGCUGGUAGAACUGCCAUUGGGAUGCCGCUGAAGGUGCUGUAUCUUCAAGGCGAUCUAAGCAAGUAUGAAGCUGCAGAUUAUGAACGUUUGAAUAAGCUUGUGCCAAAACUUGCAAUCAUCGGACUUGGGCAGAAGACUCCGGAAGAAGAGACGUCGUUGUUGUAGUGGCACACGUUGGGGUGUCGCGAUGCGGAAGGCAACCUUUUCCAUCUAACCAAAUGUAUCUACUAUAUAUCCUGAAAAGUUCAAAUAUCUAUAUCUCAUAAGUACCAUGUAGCAUUGUUUUCUCCUUAUUGACUCUCCCAAAUUCAAAGUAGACUAGCGUCUGUAUUGCACGUACUUAAAAAAUAAUACCAUAACGAUUGUGAACGUUCAGACCCACGAGUCGUCACUACUAGAGAACAUGGCGAUCGCGAUGAACAAGAAAUGCUCGAAACGGAGAACUAUGCCUCGCAUUGAAGUUCAACUUGGGAAGUAAACACGACCCCUGUGAG